AUGAUCCGACUCCCAAGGUGCUUACACUACAGAAACAGAUUCGGUGAGCCACGCCAGUGUCAUUCUUGUGGGAAUACGUGUGCCUUUUUAAAAGAUGAGGCCAGCCGAGAGAAAGUUGAUGGACAGAUUCUUUGUUGGGUGUGUACAUACAAUUUUAAAUUAGCUCGAUCUAAAGAACGCUCUAUUCAUGGAUUCAACAAACGUCGACAUGAUGGUUAUCAGCCUUCAACUGCAAACCGUUCGAGAUCAAGUCAUAACUCUCUUAAAAAGACUUAUACCGAUGGGUUUGGAACAAGGCAAAUUGACACGCAGAUGCAUGCACAACAGGCUUUAACUACUCAAGCACUAAGGUAA